AAUGGAAGCCCGUAGCAGAACACAGGAGAAUGGAGCGCGCACAGCAAGCAUAAAUCAUAGUCGCGCUUUCGUCGUAGACAUGUCGUCUCCUAUGUAUCCUAGUCAGCGUUGGGACACACGUGAAACAUUGAUUGUUGAUCUUCCGCUGGACUACCCUCAGUCCGUGUGAGCUAGUCGAAACGGUAUCAACUACACUAAUACCUAGUGUGUUGCACAUUGUACGUGUUGCACAUUGUACUCGACGGCAUCUCUAUGCUUGACGUCUUUUUGAACAUACAGUAUGCAGACAACUACAAAUGGCUUCAACUUGAAAUGAAAAAAAAAAAAAAAAAUGAAAUUAGCUUCUGUCACCGAACGUUCGUGCAUUACAAUGUGCAUCAUUCCUUGAUAUCAAACCGACUCAGUGACACCAUGGGCUCGUGCUCGGAAUUUCUGGCAAGUGCUGGGCUCUUCAUCUUCAACGCCGUAGACCUGGUUGCAGGCAUCGCACUGUGCGUCUACAGUCUCUACAUCGGCACAAACCACUUCGCUCCGUUGUGGCUCUAUGUCCCCUUGCUGGCAAUUGGCAGCGUUCUAGUGGUCGCAUCACUUAUGAGUGGCUUCGGACUGGCAUUCCGAAGUUGCUCGGGCUGCAUGGCGCUGUCAUCUGAUGUGUUGCUAUGGAUUUCGCUCGCUGAACUUGGUCUGGCCGUCGUCAUCUUCACUCAAGGAGGAACUAUCAGCAGAUUCUUGCGUGAACACAGCAACGAACUCAAGCUCAGUGGAGAUGAAUUGGCACAGUAUGAACGUCACAAGUUCUAUCCGGCGUAUGCGUUGCUGGCCUUGUGCUUGGUGGAAGCUCUACGCCAACGCUACAGUACAACACUGCACAACGCGAGGCUUCGUCGACAGUACCAAUACGAAAUGUUGGCUUAAGCUACCUUACCACCCUCCAUUAAGAAUUAGGAAUUUGGUAAGAAUGGUCGAACCACAUUGCUGUCAUUAUCACUAAUAAAUCGUGUUUCGAUCGUCUGCGUGGCCAUCGGAGGGUUCAGCGCUCCCGGUCUUCCCGGUCUCUAAACUGGCAGCUCUCAGACGCUUUUCCGCUUGUUGAGGCUUCACUUUCUUCUCCUUUCUGCCACCGAAACGCAGCAACUCGAAGCACUUGUGCGUCCAGGACUUGACCGUGAGACCGAAGCCUUUGACGCCCUUGCCUUUGACGACCACUGGCUCAGCGUGUUGGAUCUCAUCGUUCGAACUGAGGUCGAGCGUGAAGUUGGCGAGGAACGGCAGUUCGUCGCGAUGGAAAGCGUACAACACCGAGAGCUUGUGUUUGUCGUGCUUGACGUGCUUUGCCUUAUGAUUCGAAGCAGCUUUGUCCUCGUCUUGCUGCUUCAACCGAGCAAUCGUCGAGACUGACGGAUCUCCACGCACAGAGCGGAAGCCGCUGGUAAUUGCCGGUCUGCGGCAGCUCUCGGGUAGACAGAGCAGCACACAAUCCUUGUCCUUGAAGUGCUCAAAGACUAAAUCACAAAACAACAUUUAGAAGCUCUAAAUUUUAGAACUCCAUGACUCAGAAACGUACCAUUAGCGAGGAAC